GGAAAGCGACUCUGGCUUCGACCCGGAAAGCGCUACCUCUUUGGCCGUACUGUCGCUGAACCUGGAAUGCUGGCAAUCCACGGCGAGAAGUCCAACUCGGUAUCUCGCAAACACAUCACGAUUGAGGUAGAUCCGGUCCGUCGUGGCGACUCGCAAAACCUCUCGAGUCGUUCCAAGGUCACGGUCGAGGAUCUCAAGUCGAAGCUCGGCACAGCAAUCAACGGACACAAGAUCAAAGGCGAGAGACAUGUUGUCACCCAGGAGACUAACGAGCUCAGGCUGGGAAGUAUGGGUGGCUUCAGGAUAAUCUGGGUUCCCGUUGUCCUGAGCUUUUCCUUUACAAGGAGAGAGUUGGAAGCUGGCGCCCAGGCGACACUGCAGGAAAAUCUCGAGCAGCUCGAUAUCAAGUUCCUCGCCGAUUACGACUCCCACGCCACCACGCAUGUCGUCAACAAGAAACGCAACACGUCCAAAGGCCUCCAGGCCCUUGUCAACGGUGUCUACAUAGUCGAUGAUGGCUUCAUAAACACGAUAGUUGCUGCCGCGAGGGGAGAAGACCUUGGCGGAGGCGUUUCAAGGAGCACCCUCGAAGGUGAUUUUGAUGCCCACUGGCCUGAUGCCAUCAAGUUCUUGCCGCCGCCUGGCAAUGAGCCCGUACCAAGACCAGCCGAGGCUUUUGCACCCAACCCGACAAGACGCCAUAUGUUUGAGGGAUACACGUUCAUCUUUUACGAUCCAAAGCAGCACGAAAGCCUGAUUGGCCCAAUCACGGACGGCAAAGGCAAGGCGCUGUACAAACAAGUGACUGCGCACGAAACCCAGAUCGACGAUUUCAUCCGUCACGUCAAAUCUAUCGCGGGGGAGAAAGGUCUGGGCGAGUUUGAGGAUGGCAGUGAAGGCAAAGGUGUUGUAGUGGUGAGAUACGUACCACCAAACGACAAGUGGUGGGAAGACUUCUUCAUGGCCGUUUCGCUUCGUCUGGAUCAUCGCAUGAUUGAUCAAAAAGAUUUUCUUGAUGCCAUUCUCAGCUGUGAUGCGAGCGGACUAAGGAGAAAUUUGGAAGUCGAGACGCCACAUCAUAGCCAAAAUCCGUCUGUUGCUUCUGGGCAGCGGAUGGAGGUGGACCACAGGCAAGCACCGACGACCCGUUCGCAAGCAAGCGCUCCUCGACCUCAACCAGCUAGCGCCGGCGAAUCCCCGCAAGAGGGUCUCUUCGUCUCUCAGGAUGCGAUCUACCAGGAGCCCGACACAUCAAUACAAGAGGCUCAGCGGUCACAACGAAAGAGGCGAGCAGCACAGAGCUUUGAAGAUGACUUUGCUCCGACUGCAGCGCAACUAAAACGCAGACGUAUAGCAGCUGGACAAGAUCCCAUUCCCCGACAAUCUACACCGGAACCAGAGUCGCAAACGAACGUAGAUGCAGAGAAAGGAAAGAAGGCUGCGAAAAAGAGCUCCACAAUCAAGAAAGAAGUUGAUGUCAUUGAAGUCGCACGUCAAAAGCGCGAGGAAGCAGAUGCUCUGGCCAAAGCAGAGCGGGAGCAGCUCGAGGCGGACGCUGAAGGACUCGAUCUGGCUGAGAUCCGUCGACUACAAAUCGAAGAGCCGAUGCAGCUUCGUACGGAUCUCUCCGCGACACGAACACGAGAGCAAGAUAUAUCAGAUGGUCGAUGGGAUCCGGCGUGGAACGGACGCAAAAACUUCAAAAAGUUCCGCCAACGCGGCGCAGUUGAACCUGCCAGGGCGCCACAAAGGAUCAUCGUUGCUCUGGAGGAGGUCAAAAUCGCCACGCAAGGCCUUGGCGAUGACUAUUGGCUCGAAGACGAGUCUGCGCAGAGACGAAAGAAGAAGAGCCAGCACGAGCCUCAAAGCCAGGCUACUGCAAACAGAGCCAGCCAAAGAUCGAGGCAAAACACCGCUGCUGCGUCAAGCGGAGACGGGGACGACGACGAGGGUAAGGACUUGAGAUUCUCUGCCACCGGGAGCCGCAACACCAGAGGAGCGCCUACAUCGCAGGACUCGGCACAAACACAACGCACGACACAGAAGUCGCAGGCAUCGAGGAAUACGACAAAGAGACCAGCGGCUGCAUCUCCUCCCAGAGAACAGCCAGCCAAGAGGUCGAGGAGACUGCAUGUGCCCGCCAGCGACGAUGACGAUGACAGCGAUGACGAGCUGAGGUUUAAGUUCAAGCGGCGUUGA